UUCAGGAUGGGCAGUCUUCCCUCAGAUGCAUCUGGGCUGCAGCAGCGCCGGGUCAUGGAGGUGUGGACCUAGCUUCACAAAGUACGGAGGCCCCAUGCACGCGGAGGCAGCAGCUGCAGUUUGGGCGGAGAACGCUCGCUUGCAACUGCCGUCCUCAGGAGCACCGACUCGGACCAUCAGCUCCGCCAGAACCCGCAGGGGGCCGUGAGAGCACCGGGUCAGCGUGGGCUCCCUACGCACCGCAGAGAAGAUGAAUAUCCAGGUUCUGCCCGAACACAAGCUCUCGUCGGUGGCCCCGCUGAAACAGUGCAAUGUGGAGAAAAGGGAGGUAGAACUGAUACUGGUGAAGGACCAGAAUGGCGUCCAGUACACCAGUUCCUCCAUCAUUCCCAGUCCAGGCCACCUCGCAGGUCCUCCGGGAUGCACCGACGAAGAACGAGAAACUUGGGGAAAGAAAAUAGACUUUCUCCUCUCGGUUAUUGGCUUCGCAGUAGACCUGGCCAAUGUUUGGAGAUUCCCUUACUUGUGCUACAAAAAUGGAGGAGGUGCCUUUUUGAUCCCGUACAUUCUUUUCUUGGUCAUUGCGGGGAUGCCAUUGUUCUACAUGGAGCUCGCCUUGGGCCAGUACAACAGGGAAGGAGCGGCUACAAUUUGGAAAAUUUGCCCCAUCUUUAAAGGUGUGGGCUACACUGUGAUCAUCAUAGCCCUGUAUGUCGGCUUCUACUACAACGUCAUCAUUGCCUGGUCCCUCUACUACCUGUUCUCCUCCAUGACCAAUGAGCUGCCAUGGCUCCACUGUAACAACGCUUGGAACAGUGAAAACUGCACCGACCCCAAAGCCCUCAACGGAUCCGUCAUCGGCAACGGGACGUCUUACGCCAAGUACAAGAUCACCCCGGCAGCAGAGUACUAUGAACGGGGUGUGCUGCAUCUCCAUCAGAGUCGGGGUAUCAAUGACCUGGGCCUGCCCCGCUGGGAGCUGACCUUGUGUCUGGUCAUUGUGGUCUUCAUCCUCUACUUCAGCCUGUGGAAAGGUGUCAAGUCCUCAGGGAAGGUGGUGUACAUCACAGCUACCAUGCCCUAUGUGGUCCUUUUUGUUUUGCUGAUCCGAGGCAUAACUCUACCGGGGUCCAUGGAUGGCAUCAGGGCCUACCUUCACAUUGACUUCAAGCGGCUCAACAAUCUAGAGGUGUGGAUUGACGCUGCCACCCAGAUAUUCUACUCACUGGGAGCAGGAUUUGGGGUGCUCAUUGCUUUUGCCAGUUAUAACAAAUUUGACAACAACUGCUACAGGGAUGCUCUCUUGACGAGCACCGUGAACUGCGUCACCAGUUUCUUCUCAGGGUUCGCCAUCUUCUCUGUGCUCGGAUACAUGGCUUACAAACACGGGGUCAAAAUAGAAGAUGUGGCAACAGAGGGGGCAGGAUUGGUGUUCAUCAUCUACCCUGAGGCAAUUUCUACAUUGCCCGGUUCAACAUUUUGGGCUAUUGUGUUCUUCAUCAUGUUGCUGACUCUGGGCAUUGACAGCUCGAUGGGCGGCAUGGAGGCCGUCAUCACAGGCCUGUCGGAUGACUUCAAGUUCCUCAAGAGAAACAGGAAGGUCUUUACCUUCGCCACAGCCUUUGGGACAUUCCUGGUUGCCCUCUGCUGCAUUACUAAUGGAGGGAUCUAUGUGCUGACCCUGUUAGAUAAGUAUGCAGCUGGGACCUCUAUACUAUUCGCCGUGUUGAUCGAGGCCAUUGGCGUGUCAUGGUUUUACGGUGUAGACCGCUUCAGCGAAGAUAUUGAGCGCAUGAUGGGCUUCAAGCCAGGUCUCUACUGGAGGCUGUGCUGGAAAUUUGUCAGCCCAGCUUUUCUUCUGUUUAUCGUGAUAGCCAGUGCUGUGAAAUCAUCAGGCCUGAAGUAUGAUGACUAUGUCUUCCCUAACUGGGCUAACAUUGUUGGCUGGAGUGUGGCCAUGUCCUCCAUGAUGUUUGUCCCCGGCUAUGCCAUAUAUAAAUUCUGCAGCGUAAAAGGAACAUUCAAACAGAGGAUAGCCUAUUGCAUCACUCCAGAGCACGAACAUCAUCUGGUUGCUGAGGGAAACAUCCGGCAGUUCACACUCAAGCAUUGGUUGGCCAUUUGAUGACAUCACCCAGAAUUCCCUCAUCCAUCCUCACAUCUGGUGUUUGGAGUUCCUGUGUGGUCAAACAGCCAAGUAGGACAACAGGCUCCAACCUCGUUCAGCAGUCUCUUCCAGUCCAUUUACUACCCCAAGGCCUUUGUUGACCACAGUAGCUUUAAGCACUUUGAUUUGAAAAUAAUAAACAAGCAUUACUCUGAAUCAUUCAACAGCUUCAGAUCAUAAUGGAGGGGCACCUCUAGGGGACAAUGUAUGUAUUUUUUGAUAUACUAUUUUAAUUCAUCUGAACUGUAUUUGUGAUGUUGUAUAGUUUGUGGUGUGACUAUUACCUUGUGGAAGGAACAGAAACUAAAACGAACACCAAAACAAUCCGAUUAUCCCGUGUACUAUUUUACAGGGAACCCAAAUAAUCAAACAUUAUUUUAAAGCUUAUUAUUAUUUAUUUAUUAUUAUAUAAAUAUUGGAAGAAAGUCUCUGUUUUUGCCGUUCUGUUAUCAGUGCCUUAUCAAGCGAGACACUCCAUGUUUAUUACAUAAACAUACAUAAAUUAAAUUAACUGUGUUGACUCAGGAACCCACCAAAACAAGUUUAUGGAUGGCAAUCUGUCGACUUGACCCAAUCCUUUGAUGCUCAAGUCAAACAGCUGGAGGUCAACAGUGCAUCAAGGUCAAGCUCCUUAGCUAAGAUUAUAUUAUACUUAGGUCUUAUAUAAUGCGUUCAUGUCAGAUUAUGUUACAAAAAAAGGAAUAAUGCAUGCAUCACUCCAAAACUUAAAAAAAAAAAACUUCAUUCACCUCCAAACUCCAAACCAUGCCUUAAUCCCAAAGAAAGACUGAGGCUGAACCUGGUCAGUGCCUGGCUGCUUACUGAAGGUGAAAAAAAACAAAAAUGGCGUAACUGCUAGUUUUUUUGUAUUGUUGUGUUCCUUUUACUUUACAAAUGUAUGUCUGUUAAAUGCUUCUGAGGAGUAUAAGAGGCUUUUCCUCCAAAGAGACCGAAAGAGAGAGAGAGAGAGAGAGAGAGAGAGAGAGGUGUGUGUGUGUGUGUGUGUGUGUUGAAAUUUUGUUUCCAACCAUGCAGUAUGCUGUUAGUGUACGGGUGACCACCGUUGAAUGCCUCUUUCACUGCACUGUAUAUAUUAUCUUAAGUGCGUGAUAACUGCCCAUAUAUAUAUAUAUAUAUAUUUUUAUUUAUUUGAUGGACUACUUUUUCCCUCACCUUUAGAAGUGCCAAUAUGUUCCUUUUAGGAUUGUUUUUGAUUACCUUAUUCGGUUUAUUUUCUGAGCUGAGGAGGUUAUGCUUCGUUGGGUUUGUUACAUUUGUCAGCAGGAUUAUGGAAAACUACUGGCCCAUAAAACUGGUGGAAAUGUGAAGCAUGGGCCACGGAAGAAACCUGUUAAUGUUGGCGCAGAGUGGCCUGGGCAGAGGUCUGUGCUCUUCAAGUGCACUUCUAGUUUAUUUACUGGAGUUCAGUUACAUUUUAAACAUCAAUUAUAACAGACCCUUAUUGCAGGGAAUAAAGCCACAAAGAAAAAACAUCAAACGUGUGUGGAAUAUAUUAGACAAUAUAAAAAUAUAUUCUUUUGUUAUAUAUAAUCUUGUAUUCAUCAAAUUGUUUAUAACAAAAAGUGAAUGUAAAGUCUUUUAAGCGUAACUGUCCACUGUAAUAAAAUGGUGUUUGAUGUAUAGCUAAGAUGAACUAUGUAGAACAAAUAUUCUUCAGUGUAACCCGGGGCUACUUUGUCACAUGAAUGUGAACGAAUACACCCUGGCUUUCCUGGACUAUGUUUACAAAAAUAUUGUGUCCAAUACCAAUGUCCUGUUGAACGUGAGUGACAACUAUCUAUGAAUAAGUCUGAAGUAUUCACACUAUGAUAAUAAAG